UUUUAACCUAAUCGAAAAAAGGCUCAUCGAAGAAGAGCUGGGCGAGAGGGAAUAUUGUUCAUCGUCUCCUCCACUCGAACCAGCGGCAGAGCAGGCAAGAGAACCCUCUUUUCUUGUGCUUUGGCUCGGCGCCCCCCUUUCUCCUCCCGUUUUUCUACGUUUUCUCUCUCUUCCUUUCUUCUCCUCCUGUAUCGACCAGCAGUCCUAUCAAGAGCAUACUUUCAAUCCGAACUGAGUACCUGUGCAGCGCCGAUUCCAACUGUGCCAGACAACUUGGGUUAUACCGAAACCCAGAAGUGAGGCGUUCGUCACUUCCACUGAAGUUCUAGCCUCUCCGAUCUCUGGGGAGCGAGUUCAAGCAGGAGGUGUCCUAACUGAUCAUCCAGAUCAAUCCAUAUAUCAACCGGUUGGAUGUUUAUUAGCGUGUUGUGCCAUCUACUUAAUGGAGUUGCGCCCUUAGUUGAACAUUGCUCAAAAUGAGGAAAGGGUUGCACCCUCAGAUGCAGUGGAUAUCCUAUGUGACGCAGAGUGGGAGGUUGAUGCAUGUUAUGAUGACUAAAAUUCAUAAUGUUGGUAAAGUAUACCACUUCAGGGCAAGGCGCCAGAUGGCCCAGAGUUUAGGGCAGAUUGCCAAGUUCAACCGUCGCUAUGGGCUGAAAAAUGAGGAAAACGAAAAUAAAUGAAAUGUUUGAUAAAAAGAGAAGGUUGAGACCUUUCUUUUCUUUCUUUUUAUUUAUUUUAUUUUAAUUUUUUUUUGUGGGGUGGGGGGUUAGAUGUUGGGUUUUUUUAACUGUUGUCUAACGUGCCACAUCUUUGAAGCAAAAUGGUUGCUAUUCCUUUUUUGGUCUAGAUAUAUUUCUGCAGUAUCUUUUGUUAAGAUUUAGUCUCAUUAUGCUUAGCAUUCACUAUUUAUGAAAUAAUGAGAACAAGUCAUUUGGUCUGUA